CCGCCACUAGGUGCUAGGUGUUCAAAUUGAUGGGCGUAUCCCUGCUUCUUCACAAAAUUCGCGAAUUGAUCUGUCAAUUGCCGAAAACAAUCGCUCGUCCCGCCGAAUUGUCGAUGGAAAUCAUAUAUCAGGAAAUUAAUUCGCCUUAAAAACAAAAUGGCGGACGCGGCGACGUCCUCCGAAGGGCCCGAGGUGCCGGAGGUGGUGCUCGACGAGCUGGACGACGCCGAAUUCGACAUUCCGGCCGUGGAUGCGGUGCCCUCGUUGGAGAGCAUCAUGAACGAGGACGCCGGCCGCGACAGCGACCCUGAGGAGGGCCCUUUCCUGCUCGUCCCAGAGGCGGGUGGACUGGAGACAGGCUCGGUGGCCUCGAAGGACUCCUCCGAGGGCCGCAGGAGUCGCAGAGCCAGUCCCAUGGGCCGCUCCUCUUCGGGCAGCGUCCUCAGGCACGUCAUCCUCAAAGGCCUCUCGACUCAAAUCAAUUCGGCCGCCGAGCGUUCUGGAGCCGGAAGUGCAACUGCAGCGUGUGGGGGUGGGGGUUGCGUGUGCGUGGGGACCUCGCAAGGGGCCGUGCUGGUGUUCGACGCCACCCAGAAGUUGCGCUUCCUGCUGGAGGCGGCUGAAGGGGCGGGCGCUGUCAGCUGCCUGUCUGCCUCCGGGGACGGCAGCCGCCUCCUCGUCGGCCACGACAAAGGCCUCCUGCGAAUGUUUGACCUUGGGGCCGGCCGCCUCCUGCGCACCCUGCCCGACGCCCACGCCCCCAACACCGCCCUCCUCCACAUUAAGUUCCUGGACUCGAGUGCGAUGGCGGUGUGUAGCGACUCGGGCGGCUCGGUGUUCGAGUUGUCGUUCAAGCGGGUGCUGGGGGUGCGGGGGUGCGACGCGCGUUGCGUGUUCUCGGGGGCGCGCGGCGAGGUGGUGGCACUGGAGCCGCUGCUGCUGGGCCAGUUCGGCGCCCCCCACCCCCUCGAGCCGAUGGCGCUGCUCGCCAUGGCCACCCUGAGCAAGGUCAUCGUCGUGCAGACGCGCCCCCGCACCAAGGUCCUCCUCACGCAGCCCCUCGCCGCCGCCCCUGACUCGCUCCCCCUUCUCGCCUGGCAGAUGGUCCUCAUCCAGGUCGCGGACCACUCCAGGGUCGUCGACCCCGUCCUCGCGUUCGCGCGCGACCACGCCCUCUUCUUCUACCAGGUGGGCGUUGACCCUGGAGGUCGGGUGCGGGCGGCGCUGCUGCACCGGACAGAGCUCAACUACCACGCGCUCAGUCUGCACUGGCUGAACGCGCGCACGCUGGCCGUGCUGGACACGCGAGAGCACACGCACGUCCUGGACGUACGUUCGCAGACUGAGGUCGAGGCCCUUGACGUGUCCUCGGCGCGCCUCGUCUUCGCCUCCAGCCACUUCAAGGCCAUUGCCACCGGUGGCAACGUCAGCAAGGCCCUCGCGUUGGCGGGGGAACGUGCGUGUUACAACACGGUGGUGAGCCUAGGCCAGCAACUGUUGCUGGUGGGCACGAGGUCGGUGCACGCGCUACACAUGCGCACCUGGGCCGAGCGCAUCGACCACCUGGCGCGCCACGGAAAACCUUUGGCGGCCCUCGAGCUGGGCCUCGCCUUUUUUGAAGAAAGGGCUCGCGCCGUCGUGGGCCUCAGGGGCCCCAAGGCCCACCGCAAGCUCCUCAUAAAGCAAAAGAUUUUUGAGGUGUUGGACGCGUUCGUGGACAAGAUGGUGGUGGGAGAAGCGUCCGCUGAGGAGUUGCGUGAAACUUUCGCCACGGCCGCUUCCCUUUGCAUCCGACUACAGCAAACGGAGACGCUGUUCGGCCGCUACUGGGAGGCGGCCAGCGGUAGGCCGGCCGCCGAGGCCGCCUUUCUCGAGGUGCUCGAGCCGCACAUCCUGAACGACGAAUUGCCCAGACCGCCACCGGGACUCAUGCAACGAUUCGUCCUGCACUACGAGAGCGCCAGGAAGUUGCAGGCGUUGGAGGCGUGCCUUACGCACGUGGAGGUGUCCUGCCUGGACAUCCACCAGACAAUGACGCUGUGCUGGCAGCACAGCCUGUAUGACGCCAUCAUCCACGUGCACACGCAGGGCAUGCAGGACUUUGUGACGCCGCUGGUGGAGCUGCUGACGGUGGUGCAGGGCGCGCUGUCCACGGGCAAGCAGCUGUCCGAGGAGCAGGUCGCCCUCGGCAACAAGCUCCUGGUCUUCGUCAGCUGCUGCCUGGCCGGCCGCGCCUUCCCCAGGGGCGACGUGCCCCCCGACCUCCAGCCCCAGGUCAAGCACGAGGUCCUCAAGUGCCUCACCGCCCUCCACUCGCGCGCCCCCACCGACUCGGAGCCGCCCUACCCCUACCUCAGGGCCCUGCUGCAGUUUGACACGAGAGAAUUCCUGAACGUGCUCGCCCUGGCCUUCGAGGAACCCGAGUUCAGUUCCGAGCUGGGUCUUCGGCAGCGCCAACGCAUCGUCGACAUCCUCCUGCAGAUCGUCGUCCCCGGCGACACCUUUUCCGCGAGCCAGGUGGGCGCCCUGUUCACCUUCCUGGCGCGGCAGCUGGCGCGACCUGGCGCCAGCGUCAUGGUCGAGACGCACCUCUUUGAGCACGUGGUCGACUUCUUGACGACGCCGCUCGAGGCGCCACCGUCCAUGCCAGGAGGGCAGCACGAGGAGCGGCAGCAGGCGCUGCUCGAGCUGCUCGCCGCCCCCCAAGGCCUCCACUUCUGCGACGAGCACCGCCUCCUCCAGCGCGCCUAUGACGCCCAAUUCUACCGAGUGUGCGAAUUUCUGCAUCAGCGGCGUGGCGAGUUUGCCGAAAUUGUCGAGUGCUACCUGCGCGACCCUUUGCGAAGGUCGCAGGUCUUCGCCUUUUUCAGAAACAUGUUGGUCAAUCCUGGCUACCUUGACCUAACGAAGACAACUGAACUUGUCCUCAAAAACAUCAAGGAAUUGGUGGAGAUCGACAGCAAGAAGGUGGGCCAGCUAAUCUGGUGCCACCUGCCAGGGCUCAUCAGGCCCAUUCUGGACGCCCUGAAGGACGAACCUGAGGUGCUCUUCAGCUUCUUGCAGGGCCUUUUCCAAUACAGGGAGGGUCACUCGGGAAAGGACGAGUCUCAGGUGGUGGACCCUGAGGUGCACGAGACCUUCCUGCGGCUCAUGUGUCAGCUGCGGCCAUCGGAAGUGGCCGCCUUUGUGCGCGCCAACAACGAAUGCCGCCUCGAGCAGGCCCUGCAGGCUGUGCGCGAGUUUGGACAGGUGGAGGCUGAAGCGCACCUGCUCGAGCGGACGGGCGAUGUGGCCGCCGCCUUCGGCCUCCUCAGGAAUCAGUUGGAGCUGCAGCUGACCAAGGCCCUGCAGGAAGGAGGCGACGCGGCGUGGGGCGUGGCGCAGGCGCGGCUGCUGCUGGUGGUGCAGCUCGGGCAGCGCGGGUUUGCCCUGCUGGACGAGGGGGCGCGCGAGGCCCUCUGGUUCCCCCUCCUCCGCCUCCUCAUGCACCUCAGGGCUGACAAUGCCCAACACGCCCACAACCACGAAGUGUUGCGUGACAUGUGUCAACACGUGUUGUCGAGCAUGCUAGGCCACGUGGGUCUGCCGGCGGUGACGCAGUUGAUGCUGCAGGAGCCGUCCUGUGCUCAGGGCCGCUUCGGCGAGAUGCGCGACCUGCUACUCAGCAUGUUGCGGAGCUGCGAGCACGAGGAGCGCGUUUUGCGCGCCACCCAGCGCAUCCUGAACGCCGACCUGCACGUGCGCCUCUCGCGGCAGCUGCGGGGGGCGCGCCGCCCCCUCGCCCCCCACCCUGCUGGCGCCCCCGUCCCGGCAUCCGCGCCUCCCCUCUGCGUUAGAUGCGACCGACCCCUCCUCACCUCCGCUACCGCCCCCUCCCCCGCCGUCGUCUUCGCGUGCGGCCACGCCUUCCACUGCGCCUGCACCGCCGGAGCCUCGCCCGAGUGCCCCCUCUGCAACCCCGGUGCCGUCUCCGCCCCCCUCCACCGCGCUUCGCCCUCAAAGACGCAGGAAUUUGUUAGUGGCAAAGAGUCGGCGCUUCAGCGGCGCCGCCGACAGCAGUUGUCGCCGCAGAGGGACUCCCUUGAACUGAACCUGGCGCCGCCGCCGGGCCACGCCCACCUGCAGGGCCUCUUCUAGUGAGCCUUUCGAGCCACUUCAUGUCAAUUCCGUUUUGCCAAAGAAGAAGUUUUGUUUUACUGUGAUGCCUUAACAAGUCGUUAAGGGACUUUUGCUAAAUGUUAAAUAUUUUUAGUUUUAAUGCGCCAGCCAAUGAAGCUAAAAUAAAUUUGAAAGAUUAUUUAAUUUUGAAAUUUCACAUGUCAAGGAUAAAGGCAGCACUUUAAUUAAGAUAUAAUUCUCAUAUAUGGUUCUUGCUAUUUGGAACGUAUUGGAAUAUAUUAAUUGUUUCUGCUCUGUCAUUUUUGCAGCUAAAAAAAUGUUAUGUAUCUUGAUGAUUCCCCAGCAAUUUUCAUGUUUGUGUCGUCAUGUGUUCUUAUUACCAAAAAUUAACUUUUUAAUGAUCAAAUGUCAAAGUUUUGAUUCAUUUGAAUUUAAUAAAAUAUUAAAUUGGAGGUGAA